CCCGUACCCGCAACACCCCUGAUUUGUCCCCUCUCUUUCUCUCCAGCAAUCAAACCCCAAAACCCUAAACCAUGGCGCCGCCGGCCCAUUCCGCCGGCGCCCGCCUCCUACUCCGCCGCCUGCUCUCUACGGUUACCGAAGCAGCGGCGGAGACAACUGCGCCCACCGCCCCUGCCGCCGCCUCCGGUGUCGCUGCGCCCACCGCUGCCGCCACUCCCAGUGCCUCUGCCGCCGCCGCGAAACCGGCGAAGAAGGACCCGAAGCUCCUCUACCGUCGUCUGUCGGCGCUUGGAAUAGCCGGGGAGGGGAGUGUGUCGCGGGUGCUGAACAAGUGGGUGCGGGAGGGCGGCGCGCCGCGAAGCGAGGAACUCGUCAAGCAUGUCAAGGAGCUCCGCAAGUACAAGCGCCACGCCCACGCCCUCGAGGUGAUGGAUUGGAUGGUCAAUGCAAGGGGUAUGAACAUGUCAAUCACUAACCAUGCAAUACGUCUGGAUCUCAUCUAUAAAGUGCGUGGCCUUGAGGCAGCUGAGAAUUAUUUUGCUAACCUCCCUGAUCCAGCCAAGAACCAUCGAACUUAUGGUGCCCUUCUUAGUUGUUAUUGCUCAGCAAAAAUGGAAGAGAAAGCAACAUAUCUCUACCGCCAGAUGGAUGAACUUGGCUUCUGGUCCGGCACACUACCCAUCAAUAAUCUGAUGUCCCUUUACAUGAAGUUAGACCAGCAUAGGAAGGUUGAUAGUCUCUUUGAGGAGAUGAAAGUGAAGAAUAUUAAACCAGAUAGCCUCACAUGCUGCAUUUUGAUGACCAGCUAUGCAGCAUCGAACAAGAUAGAUGCCAUUGAAGAACUUCUUAAAGAAAUGGUAGAAAAAGAUGUGUCUCUUGGGUGGUCUGCAUAUAGCACACUUGCUUCUAUCUAUGUAAAUGCCGGACAGGUUGAAAAAGCAGAAUCUGCUCUGAAGAAACUCGAGGGGCUUAUUGGUGCUGAAGAUGGCAGGCAACCUUUUGAUUUCCUUAUGAGCCUAUAUGCUUCACUAGGCAAUUUGAGCGAGAUCAAUAGGGUAUGGGAUGUGAUAAAGGCCAAAUUCUCCACGGUAACCAACAUAAGCUACCUCGGCAUGCUUCAUGCUCUUUACAAGCUCAAUGAUAUUGACCGCAUGAAGCAGAUUUAUAUGGAGUGGGAAUCUAAUUAUCAAACCUAUGAUGUAAGACUGACAAAUAUGAUGAUUCGUGGCCAUCUGAGGCUUGGCAUGAGCGAAGAAGCAGAAACGUUGAGGGAGAAGGCCAAGGAAAAAGGUGUGGAGUUUGACUCCAAAACAUGUGAGUUGUUUCUUGAUCACUACAUGGGCAAGGGUGACAUGAACUCAGCACUCAACUGGGUAGAGAACAUGACCAAACUCCCCAAGAAAGCAGGGAAACUCGAUCAGGACAGGAUCUACAAGUUCCAGAAGUAUUUUGAAGAACACAAGGAUGCUGACAGUGCCGAGAGGUUCUGCAACUGCCUGAGGAUGCUAGGGUGUAUUGACGGGAAAGCAUAUGAGUCCCUCUUGCGCACAUACUUGGCAGCCGGUAAGAAAAGCUGUUCACUCCGUCAACAGAUAAAGAAUGAUAAGAUUGAGAUCUGCUACGACAUUGGGAAGCUACUCAAGAGGUUGGGCGACGAGCGAUGAGAUACCAGAUACGUACUUAUCUUCAUUCCAAUUUGCUUGAGUGGUUAAUUCUGUUGAUCCCUUCCAUGAGCAUCAGAAAUCAAAUGUAGAUCAACGGUUUGGGUGUCUGCAUUGGAAACAUAUCAGUUCUUUCGUUGUUCCAUGUAAAGGAUGGCUCAUGCCUGGGCUGGUGCCCUUCCAGCUUUUGGUGCCCUUGCAAAAAGCAGUGGGGAACAAUAAGAUUCUUGCAAGUGCAACGUGAGGUCUUAUCUAGCUAGGCUUUUUUGAGAUACUCCUUUGUUCUACUUUUCUUCUUGUCAAUGAAAUUGCUGUUACAGCACGAAUCCUACUACAGAACCGCUUCUCUUUCUCUGUCUUGUGGUCAGUGUGCCAUCAGGUUGAUGUCCUGACAGUGAUCUGUGCACGCUCGCGAGAAGUGUAGUGUGGAUAGGUCUCUGUGAACAGAGCAGCCAUUCGUGCUGGAAAUAAUUGCCUUCAGGACGGUGGUCCAAAGCUGUCUACUGGUGUGCCUAGGCUUGUGUCGUGUCAAACCGUGAAAAUGGUGAAACCUGAAAUCGAGAUUUUUUCUUUUGGUGGUACAGGCA